CUACUUUAAAACAAAUUUUGUAAAUUCAAUCAAUUUUGCACUUAUUUUCCAAACGCAUGUUUUGUGAACUCAAAUUUACAGAACAAAACUUCAAUUAACUUAUAGAAAAAAAUUUAAAAGUCUUGUUCAUGAAGUUGUGUUUGAGAAAAUUUCUUCAAAAACAUCGGUUUGACAAAGCAACUCACUACGGGGAAUUAAAUUUUGUAAUAAAUCAUGUCGGUAAAAAACUCAAUUAAGUUUAUGAACACACAAACUAAAAUAUAAAAUCAGAUAUAGAAAAUACAUAAAAAGAUAAGAUUUUAUAAAUUUAUUGGUACGCUCCACUUUUUGGAAAAUUAUUCUAUCCAUUAUUAUGUUUUUGUAUCCGAAAUUUUGUGUAUAGUAUCUGUGUUCUCAAAUUAUCGAACUCUAAAAAGUGGAAGCCUUCUUACCCAUUUUGAUGGAAGCUACUUUCAAAUUCUUGUCAGUAGCAUCAACAGAGCAAUGGAGGGGCCAAACAAAUUUGGAAGUUGGCUAAAACCAUCACGAGCAGAUGUUUGAAGCCUCCAUAUUCCUGCAAGUCUCUCAUGUCUUCCUCCACUUUAUUAUCUCUUACAAAGAACUCUUCAAUGGCUUCAUCCUCGUGAGAUAAACAAUAUAUCACACAAUUCAAUGGCUUCCACCUCUUCUUCUUCUUCUUCUCAUGACCAUGAAAGACCGAACACUGAAUCCAUACAAGCAGUUGUUGCUUCAAUCAACCAACACAUAAAUGAAUUCCUCGCAGACGCCAAAACCCGGAAAUCAGUAAAAUCCAAAUGUGGUUCAAAGCUCAAGAUCCAAAAGAGAGAGUUCUUUGAAUUCUCAGAGCACUCGGUACUGUCAAAUCUGUACUGGGGCAUAGAGAAUAUUGAGGCUGCAAUUCAGUCAAAGCGGCCACAAGAGAAAUCCCACAGGUUGAGGAAUUCAGAGCAAAUGCUUCAAGUUCCCGCGUUGAUCAACGAGCACGGAGUCACAGCCGGAAUUUCAAACCACUACUUGAUUUGCUGCUCUUACUUUUAUCUUUCCGUGGUUCGGAAACUCCAAGGGGAUGAGUGGCAAGUCGCCUUGCAUUUUUUGCAAGCUGUUUUGGUAUCCCCAAGACUCGUUCAGAGACAAUUUUUACCAAACCUAUGCAAUAGUCUGUUUCUAAUGUCCAUGACAUCUGAAAGGGAAAUGGGAGGCUUGAAAUUGGCGUCUCUGAUGGAUUCUGAUGAGGAUGAGACCGGAGAGGCAAUGAGGAACAUGGCAAGGAGGUAUAAGGCCUGCUUGACAUAUUAUCAGGUUAUGUCAUACGGCGAGACGACUCGGUGGAAUCCCGGAUGCAGAGAUAUUGCUUUCGCCAAUGAUGAAUCACAAUCUUUCACGAAUGGGGAGUCCAGUGGCACUGAAUCUUCAAAUUUACAAGAAUGUGGAAACAGCUUGCAAACUGAUUGCCAUCCUGAGAAGUUGCAUCCAAUUGAUCCUGAAGAAUAUAUAACUCGUAACAUUGCAAAAGAGUCAAAGGUAUCUGAUAUAAUGGAGUGUCAAGAACAUAUAGAAGCCCUAAAAAUUUUUGAUCAAGUUCAUAGUGAGGAAGGAAGGGGAAGCUCAAAUAUCAAAUGUCUUCAAGAACUGCUGACAGAAUCCCAGUCAGACACACCGAUUUCUGAGGAUUCAUACAAUAGUGGUUCUGAUGAUGAGGAUGAAAUUGAGGUGUAUGCAGAUACCAGUGAAACUUCGAAGAGAACUGUAGUAAAUGCAGAUGAUCCACAACCAGAAAUUUCUGAUCAGAAGCUGGUUUUACCUUGCUCCACGUCGGGUCAAGAGUAUGCAAUAUCUUUACCUCAAGCUCCUAGAAAUCAAGCACAUGCAAAAGUGAAUGAAGGAUACAUUACCAACUUCCUUUCAGGAAGAAGUUACAGAUCAUUCAGUGCUUUGGAGUUAUCCAUCUUUGAACUCAGAGGCAUGGAUUCGUGUACUCUAUGGAAUUGCCACAUGGAAGAAGGGACAACUCGAAGGAGAUUACACCAGCAAGAUCUCCAAAUCUUCAAUCAUCUAACAUCAACAGCUCUGAAGAAUUAUCAGUUAGCCCAAAUGCAUCACCAAAGAAGUAUUAAGAGUAGACAGAAUCCAUAUUCCCAAAAGAACCCAAAUGAAGUUUGUUUAUGUACUGAGAAGGGUUCUGAAAAUGAACUAAUUGGAGUUCUUGAGAAAGCAAUUUCAAAACUAUGCUUCUCAGAAGGGUUAGGAACAUGCUAUGAAGAUUACACUCAAGAAGUUGUAAAAAUGUAUGAAAUGCUGAGCAACAAAAGAGGAGUUAAAUACACUCUGUUAAAGGACAUAAUUUUGGAUCAACUGCUAACAGCUAUAUCAACUUCCAAAGAAGUGGGAGUUAUCAGGGCAUCGGUUUCCAUACUUUCAAGUCUCGUUUCAGGGAACAAAGCGGUUAUACAAGACAUGAACAAGAACGGUUUACAAUUAUGCGAUUUAGCAAGUGCUCUAAAAAGAAACGUGCACGAGGCAGCGAUUCUGAUUCAUUUAAUAAAUCCACCUCCCACAGAAAUUAAGACUUUAGAACUCUUACCCACACUGGCCGAGGUUGUGUGCACUUCAAACAGUUACAAGGGUGGGCUAGCAUCGCUUCUUCCGACACCUCCUGUAGCAUCAUUGAUGAUUAUCGAAGUAUUAGUAACUGCAUUUGACUACGCUACAAAUAACAUGCACUUAGCUGCGAUUAACUCACCACAAGUCCUCUCUGGGCUUUUGGAAGUUCCAAGAAAUAAUAAUUUGGAAGACUUCACUUCUUUGGCCACUAUUCUCGUGAGAUGCAUGAAAUUUGAUGGACAAUGCAGAAAAUAUAUAGCAAGAUCUACUCCCGUGGCGCCUUUUAUCUCUCUCCUAAGAAGUAAUCAGGAGCGAGGCAAGUUCAUCGCCCUAGAAAUUUUCCAUGAAAUCCUCCGCAUGCCACGGUCAUCAGCUACCAAUUUGUUGCAGCAGAUACGAAAAGAAGGAAGCAUCAACAAUAUGAAUAUAUUACUGCUCCUCAUCCAACAAUCACAACCUCAGUACAAACUUCUGGCUGCAAAUUUGUUGCUUCAAUUAGACACACUGGAAGACUCACCCGGUAAAAGUACAUAUAGAGAAGAGGCAGUGGAGACCCUCCUCAGGUCAUUGACCUGUGAAGAGGACUCUGCUAUGCAGCAAUUGUCAGCAUUCCUUCUAUCAAACCUUGGAGGAACAUAUUCCUGGACAGGGGAACCAUAUACAGUAGCAUGGUUACUGAAAAAGACAGGUUUGACCUCACCGCAUUACAGAAACAUGAUAAGAAACUUCAACUGGUUGGAUAAAAGCCUACAGGACUCGGGUAUAGACGCAUGGUGCAGCAAGAUUACAAGAAGUGUUACUAAAAUUGGGGAGCCUGUUUUUCAUGCUUUGGAGAAGGGAUUGAAGAGCAGGAUAAAAAAGGUUUCUCGACACUGUCUGACAGUGACUGCAUGGAUCGGGUGUGAAAUUGCAAGAAUUCCAGAUGACUUGAGAUGUACUGCAAGUGAAAUCUUGUUAAGUGAAGUUGAGCAAUUUUUGCAUCCUGGCUUUGAGCUGGAAGAUAGACUUUUAGCAUGUCUAUGCAUCUAUAACUAUGCUUCCGGUAAAGGAAUGCAGAAACUACUUCACUUCUCAGAAGGAGUAAGAGAGUCACUUAGAAGACUUUCGAAGGUAACCUGGAUGGCAGAGGAAUUACUUAGGGUUGCUGAUUAUUUCUUGCCUAACAAAUGGCGAAUUUCUUGUGUUCACACGCAAAUUCUGGAGGCAACUCAAAACUACAGCGGAGCUGUAACCGCUCUCAUCUACUACAGGGGACAGCUUUGCAGUGGAUAUGCAGAUGGUUCAAUUAAGGUUUGGGACAUCAAGGGCCAGACAGCCACACUUGUGUUGGACGUGAAGGAGCACAAAAGCGCCGUGACAUGUUUUUCACUUUUUGAACCAGGGGAAUGCUGCUUGUUGAGUGGAUCAGCAGAUAAAACAAUUAGGAUUUGGCAAAUGAUCCAAAGGAAACUGGAGUGCUUGGAAGUAAUAAGAGUGAAGGUACCAAUUCAAAGUUUAGAUACUCACGGCCAACAGAUUUUUGCAGUUACACAAAGCCACGAGAUGAAGGUGUUUGAGGCAUCAAGAACAACCAGAGACAUUUGCAAAGAUAAACACGUGCAGUGUGUACGGGUAACUAGUGGGAAGGCUUAUGUAGGUUGCAUGGAUUCAAGCAUACAGGAGCUAGCUAUAGCAACCAAUCGGAAGCGAGAGAUCAAAGCGCCAUCAAAGAGUUGGAGGAUGAAAAGCGGGCCCAUCAAUUCGAUUUCCGUGUAUAAAGAUUGGCUAUAUAGUGCAAGUGCAGUAGUUGUUGAGGGGUCAAAUAUCAAGGGAUGGGGAAAACAGAGCAAACCACAAAUGUCCAUGGUGCCAGACAGAGGAACAAGUGUGCUGGCAAUGGAAGUAGUUGAGGACUUCAUAUACUUAAACUGCAGUCCAUCAACAAGCAUCCUUCAGAUAUGGUUGAGGGGGACACAGCAGAAAGUCGGGCGACUAUCAGCUGGUAGCAAGAUAACAAGCCUACUCACCGGAAAUGACAUUAUUCUAUGUGGUACCGAGGCGGGACUAAUCAAGGGCUGGAUCCCCCUCUAGCAGCAGAUCCCCAGUAGCCAAAGUUGUCACUGUGUCUAUUUGAAGUAUUAUACAAAGUUUUCAUUUCAUUUGGUCAAUCAUCACAUUAACUACAAAUGUAUAUAUAUAUAUGGAAGACCGAGCAGUAACAUAUGAUUGAUAGCAAUAGUCACUUUACCUUGACAGAAUAUCUCCAUGUCUUUUGAUGUAGAUCAUGCUUCAACGUAAAAUCGUCUCUACCUUCACUAUGAGAUUCUAA